UCUAAGCACUGUUUAGAUGCAAUGACUUGUAAGAUCCGAUGCUGGAAAGCUUUGAGGAGCUCGGGAGGAGGAGAUGCUUCUUCCAGUCUUUGCUUGUGCGUGCCGGUCAGCGCCCUGCGCGCAGUCUGCUUUCUUCAGGUGUCUCAAGCUUUGUUUCUUCUAAAAGUGAAAGGUGUGGUUCAAAGUCCGUUAGCGAGGGCACGGAAAGCAACGUCUGCGCCGGGUGAGAAAGGAAGUGGGAAGUGAACGGGUGAUGGUGUUGCUUUGUGUAAGAGUCCGUAUGCCCCACGUCACCAGUAGCUUCAGUCCUGUUUCCACCGGAAUGUCUGUGCGCUUGCUGGUGCUUUUCUCAAAUUCAGAUGCGUCGCUGCGUCCCUGUACCACACCGAGCACGGGAAGACGUUUGUCAAAACUUUUUCUGUAGCGUGUGAACAGAGAACAAACUCUGAGUAGGGGAAGUGUGUGAAUCCAAUCUGCUGACCUACUGCCUUCAGAGAAAUGGACUCUGGGAAGCUGCUUUCCCUGGCUUCAUCCCUGCUCCUUCUCCUUGCUCCCUGUUAGUGCUGCCAGACCACAGCAUGUGAGCAGAAGGGGAAGCCUGGAGUGGGAUCCCUGCCUGCCCAUGCCCGGACCCGACAUUGCCGGGGCCACGUCUUGCGAUAAGAGGAAGAGGAAAAGACGGUUCGUGCACCGUUGCUAAAAAUGGGAGGCAGCAUCUACCCAGCAGACCAGGAAGGGAAGCUCCAGACCUUGUCUGCGGGGCAUCCCUGGGAGUGCCGCAGCCGGAGCGACACAGCCGUCUGUCAGUAAGGGGUGUCGGGGCAGCAUGGCUCAGGGCGCCUGGGCCAGCAUGCUCUUCCACAACCGCAAGACCCAGCUCCUGCUGGUCAACUCCCUGACGUUCGGCCUGGAGGUCUGCCUGGCUGCAGGGAUAACCUACGUGCCCCCGCUGCUGCUGGAAGUGGGUGUGGAGGAGAAGUUCAUGACCAUGGUUUUGGGGAUAGGACCUGUCCUUGGCUUGGUUUUUGUCCCGCUGAUUGGAUCCGCCAGUGACCACUGGCACAGCAGCUACGGCCGAAGGCGGCCUUUCAUCUGGAUGCUUUGCCUGGGAGUCCUGCUGAGCCUCUUCGUUAUCCCGCACGCCAGCAGCCUGGCCAGCCUGUUUGCCCUCAACACUCGCCCGCUGGAGAUCGCCUUCCUCAUCCUGGGCAUCGGGUUGCUGGAUUUCUGCGGCCAGGUCUGCUUCACCCCACUGGAGGCUCUGCUCUCAGACCUCUUCCAGGAGCCAGACAACUGCCGCCAGGCCUUCUCUUUGUAUGCCUUUAUGAUCAGCUUGGGGGGCUGCAUUGGCUACCUGCUUCCAGCCAUUGACUGGGGCGGCAGCUUUCUGGCCCCGUACUUGGGAGGGCAGGAGACGUGCCUCUUCAGCCUCCUUGCCAUCAUCUUCCUCGGCUGUGUGCUGGCCACGCUCUUUGUGACAGAGGAGGCAGCCGCCCAGGCGGAUGUUCUGGAUGGCCCAGCGCUGAAGGAUGCUCCCCCCAAGCCCUCAGCUCCUGCCUGCUGCUCUUGCCAGCUCUCCAGGAGCUCGUGUCUCCUGCAGGCCAGGCACAUGGUGCAGGCCCUCAGAAACCUCUGCACGCUGGUGCCACGGCUUCACAGCCUCUACUGCCGCAUCCCCAAGGUCAUCCGGCGCCUGUUCGUGGCCGAGCUCUGCAGCUGGAUGGCACUCAUGACUUUCAUGCUGUUCUACACAGACUUUGUUGGGGAAGGGCUGUACCACGGCGUCCCCAGAGCCAAGCCAGGCACGGAUGCCAGACGCCACUACGACGAAGGUGUCCGGAUGGGUAGUUUGGGCCUCUUCCUCCAAUGCGUCACAUCCAUCUUCUUUUCGACAAUCAUGGACCGGAUGGUGAAGCAGUUUGGGACGCGGGCGGUCUAUCUGGCCAGUGUGGUGUUCUUCCCCGUGGCUGCCUUCGUCAUGUGCCUUUCCCACAGUGUCAUCGUUGUUACCAUCUCGGCUGCUCUGACGGGCUUCACCUUCUCUGCACUCCAGAUCCUGCCAUACACGCUGGCAUCACUGUAUCAUCACGAAAAACAGGUAUUUUUGCAUAAAUAUAAGAGCAAAGAGGAGGAAGACGCAGCUCGAUUGGACAAGAAAUCAGCCUUCUCUAAAGGCCUCCUUUCCAGCCAGAAGCUGCCUUACCAGAACGGACAUGCUGGGAGCCUCUUCUCUUCUUCCUCUUCUUCCUCCUCUCCUCCAGCUGCCAGCUCGGCUCUGUGCGUCAGCUCCUCCUGCGACGUCUCGCUCAUGAUGAUGGUGGGAGAAUCGGACUCGGUGGCUCCUGGCCGAGGGAUCUGCCUGGACCUGGCUAUUUUGGACAGUGCUUUCCUCCUCUCUCAGGUUGUCCCCUCCCUCGUCAUGGGGUCCAUCGUCCAGUUUACGCAGUCAGUGACUGCCUACAUGGUGUCGGCUGCCGGCUUUGGCCUGGUAGCCAUUUACUUUGCAACCAAAGUUGUCUUUGAUAAGAGUGACAUGGCGAAGUACUCGGUGUGAUGUGGAAGGCGCAGAGGCAGCACGCGGGUGCCUGCGCGUGGCAAAACGUGACGUGUGUGUGUUCACGCGGCCACUGGUGGGAAGCCUCGUGUGGUACCUGCUCUCCCCGUGCUGUUGCCGUAGCCCCGGGGGGUAGUUCUGGGGCUGGGGGCAGGAGACAUGCAGCACGGCUAAUCUCAGGUGUAAAUAGGAGGCAUCAGGGCAUCGUGCUUUGGGCCACCAGUGCUUUCCAAAGGUGCCUUUAUCAAAAGAAAGCACUGCACAGCCAGCACCAAAGGGGGUUGUACAGGGGAGAGAAAGGAAAUGGACUUUUCCUUCAAUAACGGGUCAUGUUUCUGUGUAAUUCUGCCUAAACUGGGCAGGAGAGGCAGUGGUAUGGGGAGGGGAGGAAGAAAUCAUUGCUUCUCCUGUUUUCCAGUUAUAGCUGUAUCCUCUUCCCCUGCUUGUUGUAGUUUUACUCAACUUCUUGAGCAAUACUUCUGCAAAUAGGACACUGGGAGGAGAUUUCCUUGGAAAAAAGAGAUGGGUGGCUAAGGUUUGGCCAUGGAGCAAAGGGAUGCAUAUGUGUACAUGCAUGCUUCUGUCCUUCCCCACCUCUGCUCUGACUGGAAGAAACCAUUUAGGAGAAAAGUUACUAUGUCUUGUUUUGGAAAAACAAGUAAUGUGUCAUUAGGACCAAUUCCAAAAGGUGACUUAUCUUUUACCUAUGUACCAAGUUUCAUCAGAUGGAAAGGACUUCUUAACUUUUUUUUUUAAUGAUUGUUUUUAGCUUUCCUCGCACAGUUCUCCGUAACUCUGACCUCUCGCUCCUCAGCGCUCCGAACUGCUGCCUGCUUUCUCCCCUAACCACUCUAGACUGUUGUGUCUUUUCCACACCUGGCCCCUAAAAGAUGCUGCAAUGUCACAAGGAAAAAUGGUUCUCAGAGGGUUUUUCAGUCCUGGGACAGUGAAGCAGAACAGGAGGAGCUCUCCUGGAAGGCUACCUGAGAGCAAGCGUACCAUCCCUGAGGAAGCUGGAGGAAUUGCUUGUCCGCUGAUGGCCAGUUGAACUCAGCAGCAGUCACUGCUGCAGUAGGUACCUGGAGUUGGUUGCUGGCCGUGUCUCUUUUCCCUUGAAGGUGUGCCCCAAAGCAACCUUCUAGACCAGGCUAUUCUUUCCAGACAGAAAGGCUUUCGGCUGUGCUUGCAGGCUGGCAUGAGCACACCUUGCAGAGCACGCUGCAGCACCCAGCGCGGUGGCUGAGUUAACGCGUUGCCAGCGCACCCAGGGAGGCUGCUGGAAACAGCAUCAUGAACCGGAGGGAGGUACGAUGAAAUGUGCCUACAGCCACUCUGCCGACAGAGCAGGGUCAGCCUGUGGACUGAGUGGACCAGCUGGAAUAAUUCUGUUGGUGGCAGAUUUCUACCACUCGAAGACAACCUGUGCAUCAAGUAGGAGGCAAGGUCCUGACCCACAGUCAGCACUUAGACUUUGAAGUGAUCCAAACUCUGCCUGCAAUGUGUAGAGGAAAGCAUGAACUGGGCGUUGGGAGGCCAGGCUGUGAGUAUGCAGCAGUAGUUCAACAGUCCUUAACUUUGGCUGGUCUAAACAGAGUGUUGGUGACUAAUUUUCUGCGGAGCUGUGUGGGCAGUGAGAUGCACUGGUGAGGUUCUGCUGAAGGGCAAAAUAUUGCUAUUUUUGUAAGGUCUUGUCAGCCUAUUCCUUGGCAUGGAAGCACAGUUACUCCCCUGCUGUCUGCAGAUGGGUCCUGAGAGGGCUUCUCCUAAGUUUUUUAAACGUUUCUUUCCCGUAAGGGGUGACUGUUUUUGUUUUAUUUCUUCUCAAAUUAUAUGCCUCCCAGCCUCCCUUUCCCACAACAAGGUUUGUGUGCUGAAAUGCAGCUGGUUUGGGGAUGCAUUUGGCAGCUGCUUAACCACCUACAGAAACAGUUUUUUGUCUGCUUCCUACCCUGGUCUCUGUCCACUUCAGGCUUCAGAAGGAAGUUUUUGAGGCAAAAUGUUACUGCCAAAGGUGGGGUGUUUCUUGGAUGAAUGCUCCUAGUGAAUAGUAACCUCUGACCCAAGAUUUUUCAAACAGUUCCCUACCUGAGUGCUGAAGAAUCCUUUAUUUUUAUUUUUUUCUCACUUAAAGUGUGGAGGACCUUCACACGUGGAGGCUGCUACGAUGCUAAGUGCUUUUGAUAAUUGAGCCAUUUGUUUAAGUGCCUAAAGAGUACCUUCACACCAAACUUGAGGUGUAUGGGUUUGAAGAUAAAGGCCUUGAAUGCUUAUUACAGACAUCCAAGGGAUCCUUGAAAAAAGCAGUGGGCUGGCGGGGAAGACAGCCUUGUUUUGUAAUGUCCUUUGUUUUGGAACAUGAAAGAACAAGAUGCUGCUAUUCUUGAUCCAUAACUUGUAUCUGUCCCUCAAGAGGAGAAGGCUUUUGGUUUGGAACGUGAAAGAACAAGAGGCUGCCAUUCUUGAUCCAUAACUAGUAUCUGUCCCUCAAGAGGAGAAGCCUUAAGCCUGGCAAUUCCCCGGCCGCCCUGCCCUCUGUCCCUGAGCUGCCUUUGGUGCAGCGAUAGCCUGGCUGUAGCCGGGGGACGUGAGUAGGUUUGGGCUCACGGCACGGCAGCAGGCUGCGUGUCUUGGCUGAACUGGAGGGUUUGGGAUGAGUUGGUGUGGGUUGGGUCUCAGACCUGUCCUUCGUUGACAGAUCAAGCAUGCCUUCAGCCACCCUGUUCUCUCAUCCCCUUCAUUGCGCUGGGUCAUGGACUCGGUACCCAGAUCUCCUCGGCAAGUCUGGUGUCUGCAUCCAGAGUGCUGGCUCUGAUCUCUGUGGUCCUAGGAGAGGGCAGGCUGGGUUUGUCCAGCUUUCUCAUAAUUCAGAUAUACUUCUGGGGAGGUGCCUGCAUUUACUUCAUUUAUGUUCAGAAAAGAGACCGCUGAGCGACUGAACUUGUGACUCUGCAGCCAGCUGCUCUUGCUCUUUGCUGCUGCAUCCCAGGCAGGCUCCCAUCAUCUUGCUGUGCCCUGACCUGGGACUGGAUUGAUAACAGCUCAUUCUCCGUUCCAGCUGGAGAGACACGAUCCAGCCUGAACUCGGGGCUCCUUAUCCACUUGUCCUCUGGCUGUGCUGCUCUUGUUUUAGCCAGCUCAGCAAGUAUGAGAACAGCUACUUACUUGAUUAUCCACCAAGAGACUCUUUGAUUUCUCCCCUCCCCCUGGCACCUUUCUUUCCAUUUCUCCAUCUGGAGUGAAACCCAGCAAAUUCAGUAAUUGCUCCUUUCCUUCUUACCCUCCUGUUACACCAGGAGAAGUCUGCUGGGCCCUCUGCCAGCUCCUGACAUAGUGGGCAGAUGGGUACAGGAAAGAGUCUUUGCCAAGACCCAACUCUGUCUUCACUAACCCUGUCCCCUGUGGGAGUUCAAGCCCAAACAGAUUUGGGACGUUUGCCCUGUAGCGUGACUGUUUGUGGAAGGAGAGGAGUGGUGUGGGAAACUGCCGCGUGCAGGCAGGUCCUGGGUGGGUGGUGGGCUGUCGGGGGGCAAAGGGAGCAGUUUUCUGCAUAAGAGUUCAGCGGGGAAGGAAGACAAGGCAGCAGUCUCGGAGGAGAAUGAGGAGAGAGCAGGGUGAGGAAGAGGGGCUUCAGGGGAAACGUGAGGUUUGUAGCAAUGUGAGGGACUGGUAUGGGGCACUGGCUGGAACUGGACCUGCCCUGGCAGCGGGUGGGAGCGUGCCUCUCGAUGUGGCCUUACCCUGUCCAUAAAGCACUUCAUAACCCUUCACGCUUACAACCUCGUGCAGCGUGAUCCCAGCCAUGUCGCAAGAGCUGGCUGUGAAGUCUGAGCUCGGGGCUUGAGCUGGGGCUGUCGGCAGCUGCUUUCCCCAAACCCGUAAGGGGUGUCGCAUUUGCUGUCACUGCGAUGGCCCUGUCCAUGUGCUCUGCUAUUACCAAAAGCCUUUCUUCCUAGUUCAGACUGUCGCUGGGGCUGACAGGAGAGGCAUUUUCCAGAGCAUCUAUUGAGAAACUCCUUUCUUUGUAAGAUUGUCCUUUCUGGCUAACCUGGUGUGCUUCUGCUAAGAGCAGCUUCUCUGUGUCAGGAUGACAUAUAGACCAGCAAGGGACACAGGUGUGUUCAGGUAAAGGUAAGCGCAUCCCUUACAUGCUGUUACUGAUAUGUGUGCGGACGUAGAAAUCUCUCUAGGACACGACUAUACUGUAACACUUCCAGGUACAAGCUCUUCGGAGGCAGUUACCCUGAGCUUUUCUGUUCAGGUAGCUGGUGCACUUCUGCUUUCUCCUCACGCGUGACUCGUGCUGUGCCUCUCCUUUCCUUCCCUGAGGAGGGGGGGGUCCAGAGUUGAGGUGGGGAGAAGGGAGAAAGUCUUCUUAAUGCGAGACGAUUGUGAACCUCUAGGUUAGGGAAGGAUGGAUGGAUGCUCUUUUGAGAUCAUAUACUGUCUGCAAGAUGUUCGUGUUUUAUUUAUUGGGUAGAGUAAAUAUUUUGUAUACAAUGUAAGAGGAAGGCUAUUACAAAUUUUUAUGGAAAGGAGGAAAUAAAAGGUGUUUA